AUGAUUUUCUCCGGCCUGAAUAAGACGAUGAGCUCACUGUGGUUUUGACUUUCCCCAGGGCUCCGGACUAAGGUGGUUAAACUCCUUCUUCCCUGCUCUUUUCAAUAUUUUAGGUUAUUUUCACCAAUUUCAAUGGACCGUGCCUCAAGCAGCUGAGUUGUUGCAAUGUGUCUCUGAAGUCUGACAGCAGACUGGAGAGUGAAUCUUCGAUGGAGCAGAGUCAGAAACUAACGAGUUGGCAGCCUGCAUCAGGGCUUUGGGGCUCCAUAAAUAGUUUACAAGGAGGAGGAGGAAGAAGAGGAAUCAGGCCAGCAGGAUGUAGCUACAAAUGAACGAUCAAAAACACUUGGAAACUGGUUGAUCGAAAAAAAAGGUGGUUAAUUUCUGCAAAAUACCGUUGGAAGUCAACAGAUUAGGCAGCAAAUGUGGAGAGGAAUAAAUAGACAACAUUUAGGACGAGCCCCUUCAGCAUGUCUAGACUGUGUACUCCUCUGCUUAGUUGCUGCCUGAACUGCAGAAUUCCUCUAGCAUUUUGUGUGUAUGUGUCUACAUUUCCAGCAACAGCAGAAUCUCUUGUGUUUUUAAUCGGCAUCUUGUGUUAUAUAUCUGCUUAAGAAGGUUCUACUUUGGCAUUAGACACGCGGAAAUUUGCUGAUAUUUAGCGUAUUGUUUAUGGGAGCUUCUUUCUGCGUUAAAAGAGCUGCUGAUUUUUCUACACAAAAAAAAACUAAGUACAGUAUGGACAUGGAACCGGUGCUUGUAGAAACUUUUAAUGGCACCAUGAUUACCCAGAAAGCUCUGCGUUACUUUUUUCGCUAUCGCUGAAGCACCGAUCGAAUGCGCAGGCGUCAGGGUACCGGAAGUUCCUGAAUUUCGCGCACGCGCGCAGUAUACAAAAGGGCCUCGGUGGAUCAGCUGAAGGUUAAAAAUGACACGGAACUUGUCUACAGGAAUCUCGAACACAACGCGCCAGUUUUGCUGUCUCUGUCCAGAUGUUUAAGAAGUGGAGCAAGGGAUUCACUUGAUCAUCCUUCCUGCUGAGACUGUGGGGAGGGUUCACUCGAUCAUCUGACUGACUGUCACGCCCGUCAUUUUACACAGGGGAGAGGCCGUUCACCUGCUCAGACAGUGGGAAUGGAUUCCAUUGGUCAUUUCAACUGAAGGUACGUCAGCAAGUUCAUACUGGGAUAAGGCCAUUCAGCUGUUCUGUGGGUGAGAAGGGAUUCAGUCGGUCUUCCCACCUGUGGACACACCAGUCAGUUCACACUGGGCAGAGGCUGGUCAUCUGUUGAAUUCGUGGGGAAGGAUUCACUCGGUCAUCUGACCUAAUGGCUCACCAGCGAGUUCACACCAGGGAGUGGCUGUUCCCCUGCUCGGACUGUGGGAAGGGAUUCUCUUGCUCAUUUAAACUGAAGGUACAUCAGCGAGUUCACACUGGAGAGAGGCCAUUCACCUGCUCAGAAUGUGGGAAGGGAUUCACUCAGUCAUCCGACUUACUGGCACACAAGUCAGUUCACACUAGGGAGUGGCCGUUCAUCUGCUCAGACUGUGGGAAGGGGUUCACUCGGUCAUCUCAACUGAAGGUACAUCAGCGAGUUCACACUGGAGAGAGGCCGUUCACCUGCUCAGACUGCGGGAAGGGAUUCACUCGGUCAUCUAAACUGAAGGUACAUCAGAGAGUUCACAAUGGAGAGAGGCCGUUCACCUGCUCAGACUGUGGGAAGCGAUUCACUCGGUCAUCUGACCUACUGGCACACCAGUCAGUUCACACUGGGGAGUGGCCGUUCACCUGCUCAGACUGUGGGAAGGGAUUCACUCAGUCAUCCAACUUACUGGCACACAAGUCAGUUCACACUAGGGUGUGGCCGUUCAUAUGCUCAGACUGCGGGAAGGGAUUCACUCGGUCAUCUCAACUGAAGGUACAUCAGAGAGUUCACACUGGAGAGAGGCCAUUCACCUGCUCAGACUGUGGGAAAGGAUUCACUCGGUCAUUUCAACUGAAGGUACAUCAGAGAGUUCAUACUGGAGAGAGGCCGUUCACCUGCUCGGACUGUGGGAAGCGAUUCACUCGGUCAUCCCACCUACUGGCACACCAGUCAGUUCACACUGGGGAGUGGCCGUUCAUCUGCUCAGACUGUGGGAAGGGAUUCACUCAGUCAUCCGACUUACUGGCACACAUGUCAGUUCACACUAGGGAGUGGCCAUUCAUCUGCUCAGACUGCGGGAAGGGAUUCACUCGGUCAUCUCAACUGAAGGUACAUCAGAGAGUUCACACCGGAGAGAGGCCGUUCACCUGCUCAGACUGCGGGAAAGGAUUCACUCGGUCAUCUGAACUGAAGGUACAUCAGAGAGUUCACACCGGAGAGAGGCCAUUCACCUGCUCAGACUGUGGGAAGGGAUUUACUCGGUCAUCCGACCUACUGGCACACCAGUCAGUUCACACUGGGGAGUGGCCGUUCACCUGCUCAGACUGCGGGAAGGGAUUUGCUCGGUCAUCUAAACUGAAGGAACAUCAGAGAGUUCACACUGGAGAGUGGCCGUUCACCUGCUCAGACUGUGGGAAGGGAUUCACUCGGUCAUUUCAACUACAGAGACACCAGCGAGUUCACACUGGGUAGAGGCCGAUCAG